UGAAAAACAAAAGAGAGUAAUAAAGAAAAAGAGGAAACAAAACAAGUCACCUCACAAAGAGAGUAUUAUUGAAACACUGCUUCGUCUUCAUCCGAUUGAUUAACUCAUCAUCACCAUACCUACCAACCAAAUUGCUAUGAAUUAUCAAAAACAGAAUACUGGAAAGACGAGCUACUUCAGAAAUUGAAUACUACUAAAUGACAGUAAUGCAAGGAUAGCCUAUUUAUCUAUUUUCGUGAUUUCUUUAAGACGGCGACGCAAGCUCAACCUUAUUUAACUGCAUCCAAAUCUUACUGCUACAGCUAGCAGCUAUCUUGAGGUUUUCCCCCUUUUUGAAACAACUGCAGCUUGGACCAUAAAACAACACUUGGUUGAUUGUUUCGCUGGCUUGCGUAGGUACUCCUAAUCUUCCACUGUUAAUUGGUCAAUUAUAUACUCCAAACAUGGAAAAUGUAAAGAAAGAUGGAGCCCAAGAUCAGAAGCAUGAUGAACUUGCUGAGUCACUAAACGAUCUCUUCAGCAGUGUCGCCAGCAUGAUAAAAUCAGAGCUUCAGGGGACUAAUAAUCAUCUAGAGCUAGUGGAGAAAAUGAAUGCAAAGGUCGCAGACGAGUAUAAAGGGUUUGGUGAUUUGGCUUCAGGGCUAAGGGUGUUUGUGGAGCAAUUGAAAUGCAAGAGUGGUAGCUUUAACGAGUAUGUUGAGCAGAUUGAUGCAAUAGAGAAGCAAGUGACUGAAUUUGAAGCAGUGAUCUCUAUGCUUGAUAAAUAUGUAGCUUUGUUGGAAUCAAAAGUCCAAUCUCAUUACCAAACCAAAAAUCCAUCUUCUUAAAAUAAUGUACCGAUUGAGGAAAUGGGUAGGACAAAUGAACUUGAUCUAGCAAAAACCUGAACUUGAUCGCAAUUGAGGCUGCAAUUGCCCAGGUUUUUUUAUGCGACUGCAACUGUUACUGCAAUUGCUAUGAAAAAACUUAGUUAUAUGAAAUUUGGUGAACUGUUGUUGUUUUAAGAAAGGGUAGAAAUAUAUUACUGAUAUUUCUUCAUAAAUAUUUAAUAUAGAAUGUAUAAAAUAAUAGCAUGUAUUGUAAUAAAUAAGAGUCUAGAAACUGAUUUAGUUCUUACUCUUUAAAUAA